AUGGGCUACAGUAUUCAUGCCGGUAUGGUCAUUGUUGCCGAUGGUACCGAUGCUGCUGCGGCUAGGCUCAGCCGGGUAUUGCGCAAUGAUCCGGGCAUGGGCGUAAUAAGGCAUGCUGACGCCGGCUAUCAACUGGCACAGGAUACCUUAGAGGCGAACGAUCUUGAUUUGAUGGCAAAACUUAAAAGAUAA